AUGGAUCCCUCCAUCGCCACCGCUUACCACAUUUACGCCCCAAACACCACCAUCCUCCGCUACUCCAUCCAGAACGUCAGGUUCCUCUCCGCCGGCACCACCAAGCCCGCAUUCGUCGUCCUCCCGACGUGCCCCGCUGAUGCCCAGGCGGCCGUCGCCUGCAGCCGGACCCACGGCCUCCGCAUCAGGAUCCGGAGCGGCGGCCACGACUACGAGGACAUGUCCUAUGUCUCCGCCGGCGACGAUCCCUUCGUCGUCGUCGAUAUCUCCAGCCUCCGGUCGGUCUCCGUCGACGCAGCCGAUGGUACGGCCUGGGUGGUGACCGGUGCAACCGUCGGCGAGGUCUACUACAACGUCGCUGCCGGGUUCAGCGGGGGAGGGAUCGGGAUGAUGAUGACGAAGCACGGGACGGCCGCCGACAACAUCGUCGACGCUCUAAUGCUGGACGCCAGAGGCGAGAUCUUGCACAGGGAGUCCAUGGACGGGGAUCUCUUCUGGGCCAUAAGAGGAGGCGGCGCGGCAAGCUUCGGCGUCGUCCUCUCCUACAAGAUCAGAUUAGUCCACGUGCCUCCCAAAGUCACCGUCUUCAGCAUCACUAUAACCCUUAAACAGGGCGCAACGAAGCUGGUGGAGAGGUGGCAGCACGUCGCACCCAAGCUUGUCGACGACCUCACCGUUAGGGACAACGACGAAGACGUCGAAGGAAUAGGUAGGUGGGGGAGAAUUGUCGACGAAGACGUCGAAGGAAUAGGUAGGUGGGGAGAAUGUCACGGAUAA